AUGGAGCUCUCGGAGGUGCGGUGCCUGAGCGACAGCGAUGAACUUUACACCAUCAACAGGACCCCCCCCGGCAGCGGCAGACCCCAGCGCCUGCUGUGGCAGACGGCCGUGCGCCACAUCACCGAGCAGCGCUUCAUCCAGGAGCACAGCAGCAGCAGCGGCGGCAGCAGCAGCGGUGGGGGCAAAGGCUUCAGCUCCGAGGAGACCUGCUGCCCCAACCACCACCCCCACCCGCCGCACCACCACCACCACCACCUCCGGCGACAGUCGGCCGGCCGGAGUUUGGGCAGCGAGCGCCACAACAACGGAGGCACCAAAGUCUUCCCGGAGCGCACGAGCAGCAGCGGGGACCUGGGCUUUCUGCCCCUGGACUGUGCCCCCAGCAACUCCGACUUCUUCCUCAACUGGGGCUAUACCUAUCGCGGGGUGAUCUUCCCCACUCUCCGCAACUCCUUCAAGUCUCGGGACUUGGAGCGCCUUUACCAGCGCUACUUCUUGGGCCAGCGGCGCAAAUCCGAGGUGGUCAUGAACAUCCUGGAUGUGCUGACCAAGCUGACCCUGCUGUUCCUCCACUUGACCCUGGCCUCUGCCCCCAUGGACCCCAUUAAGGGCAUCCUCUUGGGCUUCUUCACCGGCAUCGAGGUGGUGAUCUGUGCCUUAGUGGUGGUCAGGAAGGACACGACCUCGUACACCUACCUGCAGUACAGCGGUGUGGUCACUUGGGUGGCCAUGGCCACGCAGAUCCUGGCGGCCGGCCUGGGCUGUGGCCUCCUUGGGGACGGCAUUGGCUAUGUGCUCUUCACGCUUUUUGCAACCUACAGCAUGCUCCCGCUGCCACUCACCUGGGCCAUCCUGGCUGGGCUGGUCACCUCUGUCCUGCAGCUCGUCAUGCAGCUGGUUAUCCCCAGGUUGGCCGUGACUUCCCUCAACCAGAUAGUGGCUCAGGCAGUGUUAUUUAUGUGUAUGAACACCGCAGGAAUCUUCAUUAGCUACCUAUCAGACAGAGCACAACGUCAAGCCUUCCUGGAGACCAGAAGAUGUGUAGAAGCCAGACUGAGACUAGAGACAGAAAAUCAGCGACAGGAAAGGCUGGUGCUCUCUGUCUUACCACGGUUUGUAGUCCUGGAAAUGAUAAAUGAUAUGACCAACGUAGAAGAUGAACAUUUGCAACACCAGUUUCAUAAGAUCUACAUUCAUCGUUAUGAGAAUGUCAGCAUCCUUUUUGCAGAUGUUAAAGGAUUCACCAACCUCUCCACAACUCUGUCAGCCCAGGAGUUGGUCCGAAUGCUGAAUGAACUCUUUGCCAGAUUUGAUCGACUAGCACAUGAACAUCAUUGUCUCAGAAUAAAGAUCCUGGGGGACUGUUACUACUGUGUGUCGGGGCUCCCAGAACCUCGCCAGGACCAUGCACACUGCUGUGUUGAAAUGGGGCUCAGCAUGAUCAAAACUAUCAGAUAUGUUAGGUCAAGAACAAAGCAUGACAUUGACAUGAGAAUAGGAAUACAUUCGGGAUCAGUUCUGUGUGGAGUGCUGGGCCUGCGAAAGUGGCAGUUUGACGUCUGGUCAUGGGACGUGGAUAUCGCAAACAAACUUGAGUCAGGUGGAAUUCCUGGGAGAAUUCACAUCUCCAAAGCCACCCUGGACUGCCUGAACGGGGAUUAUAAAGUUGAAGAAGGACAUGGCAAAGAGCGUAAUGAAUUCUUGAGGAAGCAUAACAUUGAGACUUAUUUAAUUAAACAACCUGAGGAGAGUCUGUUGACUUUACCUGAAGAUAUUGUGAAAGAGGCUGUCAGCUCCUCGGACAGGAGAAACAGUGGAGCAACAUUUACCGAAGGAUCCUGGAGCCCUGAACUUCCAUUUGAUAACAUAGUGGGAAAACAGAACACUCUGGCUGCCCUAACAAGAAAUUCAAUAAAUCUGCUUCCAAACCAUCUUGCACAAGCUUUGCAUGUCCAGUCUGGGCCUGAGGAAAUUAACAAGCGAAUAGAGCACACCAUCGACUUACGGAGUGGCGAUAAAUUGAGAAGAGAGCAUAUCAAGCCUUUUUCACUGAUGUUUAAAGACUCCAGCCUGGAGCAUAAGUAUUCUCAAAUGCGGGAUGAAGUAUUCAAAUCAAACUUGGUGUGCGCAUUUAUUGUUCUUGUAUUUAUCACCGCUAUCCAAAGCUUACUUCCUUCUUCCAGGGUGAUACCAAUGGUCAUUCAAUUUUCUAUUCUGAUUAUGCUGCACUCCGCUCUUGUGCUAAUCACUACAGCAGAGGAUUACAAAUGUUUACCCUUAAUGCUCCGGAAAACUUGCUGCUGGAUUAAUGAGACCUACCUGGCCAGGAAUGUCAUUAUAUUUGCAUCCAUUCUGAUUAAUUUUCUUGGAGCCAUCAUUAAUAUUCUCUGGUGUGAUUUUGACAAACCAGUAGCCCUGAAGAACCAGACGUUCAAUUCAUCUGCAUCUUUUACGGACAUCUGUUCCUGUCCUGAGUAUUUUGUCUUCACUGGUGUGCUGGCAAUGGUGACUUGUGCAGUCUUUCUUCGUCUCAACUCUGUCCUGAAGCUGGCAGUGCUUCUCAUCAUGAUUGCGAUCUAUUCUCUGCUGACUGAGACCAUUUAUGCUUCCCUUUUUCUGCAAUAUGACAACUUUAACCACAAUGGAGAGUAAGUCACAGACUUCCUGGGUACAAAGGAGGCAUCUUUACUACUGAUGGCAAUGUUCCUUUUAGCCGUAUUUUAUCAUGGUCAACAGCUUGAAUACACAGCAAGGCUGGAUUUUCUGUGGCGUGUUCAAGCAAAAGAAGAAAUCAAUGAAAUGAAGGAGUUAAGGGAGCACAACGAAAAUAUGCUAAGGAAUAUUUUACCCAGUCACGUUGCCCGUCACUUCCUGGAGAAGGAUCGGGAUAAUGAAGAAUUAUACUCUCAGUCCUAUGAUGCUGUUGGUGUGAUGUUUGCUUCUAUUCCUGGAUUUGCUGAUUUUUAUUCCCAGACUGAGAUGAAUAACCAAGGAGUAGAAUGUCUGCGCUUGCUGAAUGAAAUCAUUGCAGACUUUGAUGAGUUACUAGGUGAAGAGAGAUUUCAAGAUAUUGAAAAAAUUAAAACGAUUGGCAGCACAUACAUGGCUGUUUCAGGACUAUCACCCGAAAAACAGCAAUGUGAAGACAAAUGGGGGCAUUUGUGUGCUCUGGCUGACUUCUCCAUAGCUCUGAAUGAAAGCAUACAGGAGAUCAACAAGCAUUCAUUUAACAACUUUGAACUCCGUAUUGGGAUUAGCCAUGGCUCUGUCGUAGCAGGAGUUAUUGGUGCUAAGAAACCCCAAUAUGAUAUCUGGGGCAAAACGGUUAAUUUAGCAAGUCGAAUGGACAGCACAGGUGUUAGUGACAGAAUACAAGUGCCUGAAGAAACGUAUCUGAUCCUGAAGGACCGGGGAUUUGCCUUCGACUACCGAGGAGAGAUUUAUGUCAAAGGUAUCAGUGAACAGGAAGGAAAAAUCAAAACAUAUUUUCUUCUAGGAAGAGUUCAACCAAAUCCUUUAAUCUUACAACCAAGAAAACUGACUGGACAGUAUUCAUUAGCAGCUGUUGUAUUAGGACUUGUACAGUCUCUUAACAGGCAAAAACAGAAGCAAAUCCUUAAUGAGAACAAUAAUUCUGGAAUCAUAAAAGGACAUUACAACCGGAGGACUUUGCUCACUCCUGGUGGAUCUGAGGCAGCAGCCCAGGCAGAGGUGGCUGACAAAACUGAAUUGCCAUAA